GAGAAAAGCAAGAUGGUCGUCAAUACAGUGAAGUUUCAGGUGCAAUAAACUAAGCUUGUUAUGGAAGACUUCGACAUAAAACUGUGUUUUUCGAUGACGUUUAGUAUGACGGUAGUGAAAUCGGAUUUAAAGUAACUGAAGGAAGACCCUACAUGGAUGUUCUUGGAGAAAGUGAAGCGAUUCAGCAAAUUUUUAAUCAAGGAAUUGAUUUCGAUCAUCUUGAAAAUCUACUAGCAGAACCAGAUGCAAGCUUAUUACUGUCGGAUUUAAACAACGAUGGGUCGCUCAAGGCCCCCUCCCUGGUUGGGGGAGGGGGCAGUAGCGUCGGUGGCCAGAAGGUGAUCUUCAACAACAGAUCGCAGCCGGAGCAGAUAGGUGGCUUGAUGAACUUUGACAAUCUUGGAUUUGCGGAUGAGGAAAAUAUUCUCGGCUCUGGACUCUCUGUUCCCAUCAGCCACCUGCCAGAUUCGCCACCGGACUCCGGCUCAGAACCGUACUCGCCCCCUGACACUAAGCAAGACCCACACCUCGCCUACCAACUAGGCCUCAACCAGGGCGUGGCACAUCAACCAACCAAUCACAACUCAGUCUCAACAGAGCUCCCCCUGCCAAACAGAACCUUGCUCUCGGGCGGCGUCGGUCACCAGCGCCAGCACUCUCUACCGGUAUCCAUCCCCAUGGUGACGAGCAUCCACACCCCUGCUUCCCUAUCCCAGCCCACUGUGGUGCCAGUUGCAUCGGUACCGCAGAGCAACGUACCGGUACCACCAGUAGCAGUGGUGCAGCAGUCGGUGGCACCGUGCAACCUGACUCAGGUACCGAGCUCUGUUGGGAUAUCUUCGGUGUCGGCCAAUGUGCCACCACAGACUGUACCCCAGCAGUUCAUGAACUUUCUUGCAAACUCGAAUGUUGCACCACCAACGAGUCUGUCCCAGGUUCCGAUGACUGAGACCAUCAAUACUGCCCUCACAAGGAAAGAAAGUUUUAUUGGACAUGUGCCGAAGAAGAGGAAACAUUCCCUGUCUCCCAACAACACCGUCAAUCAAAACAUGCUGAAUAAACUUAUGCAAGUCAAGCAGGAACCAGUUGAUGAAAUAUCAUGCCCUCACACAAUAGACGGUGACUACAAUGUAAAUUCAAACAUGGGUGGGGAAUAUGGAAUGUAUGACCAGCCAGCCGGUGAUGGCUUGCCAUACACAGACACUGUAUACCAAUGUUUGAAAUGGCAGCCAUACCAAUCAAACAAAUGGCACAAACUACUGGAUGCCAGCGGACAGGAAAUACCCAUCAUAAACUACAAAGUGGAGGCUGACAAAGGCUUUAAUUUCUCAGUGUCCGACGAUUCCUUUGUUUGUCAAAAGAAGAACCACUUCCAGGUAACUGCUCAUCUCUGUGUUAACGGCAUCCCCCAGAUGGUUCAGACCGAGUCUGGUACCAAGACUAUUGACAGUGUCUGCAUUCACAUCAAUGGGAUCAAGGUGGAAGCGAUGAAUUCUUACAUCAGAGUUGAACAGAGCCAGGCAGAUCGAAGCAAGAAACCGUUCGUACCUGCAAAACUUGAAAUCCAUCCAGAGAACGUUGUUAAGGUCACAAUAGGUCGUCUCCACUUCAGCGAGACCACUUCGAAUAACAUGAGAAAGAAAGGCAAGCCCAAUCCCGACCAGAGGUAUUUCAUGCUAGUAGUCUCGAUCCAGGCUCACUGUGGACAUGAGAAAUAUGUAGUGGCAUCGCAGGUCUCCGAGAGGAUCAUUGUUAGGGCCUCAAAUCCAGGACAGUUUGAGAGCGACGUUGAUGUUAUCUGGCAAAAGGGAUCGAACCAGGAUACUAUAUUCCAUUCUGGUAAAGUUGGAAUAAACACGGAGAGACCCGACGAGGCGUUGGUCGUCCAUGGCAACCUGAAGGUCACAGGUCACGUGAUGCAGCCUUCCGAUAAGAGAGCUAAAGAAGACUUCCAAGAGUUGGAUCCUAGAGAACAGCUCCAGAACAUCAACAAGAUGCGUGUGAUGCGCUACAAGUACAUCCCCCAGUUCGCCGAGCAGGCUGGCCUACCCGAGUGCGACCAGGUGGAGACGGGGGUCAUUGCUCAGGAGGUGAUGGACAUCCUUCCGGACGCUGUCAAGAAGACAGGGACAGUCAGCCUACCCAACGGGGCCAAGAUCGAGCACUUCCUGGUGGUCAACAAGGAUAGGAUCUACAUGGAGAACGUGGGAGCGGUCAAGGAGCUGGUCAGACUGACCGAUAACCUGGAGACGAGGAUUGAUGAACUGGAGAAGAUGAAUCAGAAGCUGGCUAAGCUGAAGAGGGUGGAUAGUCUGAAGUCGAACACCAGUGUGGGCACGCUGAGCCGGGACGGCAGCAAGAAGUCGGCCGGGGGUAAGGACAAGUCCCGUCACAACCGGAAUGGGAGCGUCAACAGUAAGAAGGGCAAAGGUCAAUCUGACAUCACUCCCUGUCUCUCUCCGCGUUCCAUGCAGCUUCUCAUAGUAGCCCUCAUUCUUAUCAUGCUCUUCUGUUUUGCUGCCAUUGCCACUCUCUACAUUCUGGAGACGAACGAUGAUGCAGUCAGCAUGUUAUCUUCUGCUCCAUCAAUGACCAACAUGACCACCCUAGGUCCCAAGACGUCCACAUUCCGCACCACUACACCCCAGACACGGAAAGAACCUACCCCAGUUCCAGUGUAUUGCUGCAUCGCUGUGACCGAUAUGACUUCCAUUCUACCCCCUCUCAUAGCGAAUAUAGCAGCUCUCAACUCAACGUUUCACCCGCAGGCUUCGCCCAUCCUACCCCCUCAGGGUGUACCCCUCAGCACCACCACCACCGUCCCGCCUGGGACCAACAGAGAACCGGCACCCCCUGCGGUGGACGUACCAGACACCAUGCCUCAGAACGGAAGCUCCGGGGGGAUAGGCUCCGUCAACAUGCAGAGUAGGAAGAAAAGGUCGACGUUACGUCGGAAGAAGAGGAUGACUAGCAUGGGAGUUGAGGUGAAUUUCAUCCAAGUUGACAGAGAAAAGACAAUCUGCCCAGAACACUGUACGUCAGAGACAAACUGUGGAGAAAGCUGCAUUUCUACUGCAGAUGGGAACUUCACCUAUGAAAUAGCUGUACCAGCCCAUUUGCCAGUAAGGUUCCUGGAGCUGUAUUUGAAUACAAGUGAAGAAUCUGUGAUGGUCCUCUGCUCCUGGACCGGUUCUUCUCUCUGCUCAGAGCCGAUUGAAUCUUUGGAAACUUCACAGCCAUUCAAACACACAAUGGGUUUUGCUCACAUGUGGCAGCUACCCGUUGGUGCCUAUCAGAACAGUGCCUAUGUGUUUAGGAUCAUGCCUGCUACAGAUCAGGAUCACAACACAGUAUGCAGACUGGAGAAUGAAUACGUUGGAGAUGAUUACCUUGAAUACCGGUUCCAUUUCACACGGGAUCUGUCCCUGUGCCCUUCGUAGAUCGGCUCGACAACAUCAGCUUCAAUUAACCCUUUGGGCGAUUCCAUGCUAGAAAAAUCAGCCAUUUUCACAACAUUUUUCAACCUGCUGUCCGAACGAAUGAAGAACUUCAAUUUGCUUUGUGGUAAUGUCAAAGUACUACUGGGUAGACAUGCAAAAAACUGACAACCAACAAAAAUAUGUUGUCCAUAGGUGAAUUAGAGCUUAAAAUGUUGCAUGUCGUACGGGACAUUUCUGCUUCCUGUACGACACACAACAUUUUCACCUAUAAUUUUCCCAUAAUCAUUUUCUUGUGUUUGAUAUUAGUUUUUCACAUGACUACCCACAAUAGCUUUAUCAUUGACAAAAAAGAAUUUUAUUGCCCAGGCAUCCGGCUAGGAAACUAGAAAUUGUCAAAAUGUCCCGUACGACAUGUAUGGAAUCGCCCAUUUGCUUGUGAAAUUUGUAAAAUGGAAUGUCACAUUAUUGAUAGUUUAAAGCAAUAUAGGCAUCAGCGUUCAUGGGGCAGGGAUGCCUCAUGAGACUUAAGUCGGCAUCAGAGUUCUCUUCAUAUUUUUGGCCGUGGGAAAAUGUCUUUUCAUGGACAAAAGGUGUAAUUUGUAAUGAUUUGCAGAUUAUUUUUCUUCAAAUUAUCAAGCCUAAGUGGUAUCCCUAAUGGGGAAUGGAUUAUUUGCUGACCCCUUAUUUUGUGAUAAUAACUGGAAGUACCUGUAUUAUAGAUUUCUGAGGGGGGAGAGCAAACUUGAUAUACCGGUGAGAAGUCCUUUGGCUAAGCUCGGCUUGGCCUCUGGCAAACGUCAAGUUCGAGUUGUGAGAUAAUGAGUGUUUUUAUCAUAAGGCAAUUUCCAGUGACAUAACAAUAUAUAUAUAGGCUAAGCUCGGCUUGGCCUCUGGCAAACAUCAAGUUAGAAUUGUGUGAUAAUGAGUGUUUUAUAUCAUAAUGCAAUUUCCAGUGAUAUUGCAAUAUAUAUAGGCUAAGCUCGGCUUGGCCUCUGGCAAUCGUCAAGUUAGAAUUGUGAGAUAAUGAGUGUUUAGUAUCAUAAGGCAAUUUCCAGUGACAUUACAUAUUACAGGGGACUGUUUCAUAUAGCUGUUCAUAAGUUAAGAGCAACUUAUAACAACGACUGGUAAUCCUUUAUUGUGGUAAAUGAUAUUCACCAUUAAAAGUUCAUUUGGUGAUUAUUUAGUACAUAAGAAAGGUUCACCAGUCGCUCUUAAAGAUGCUCGUAACUUGCAAACAGCUUUAUGAAACACCCACCAAACAGUGCAUAAGUUAAUGUAAUAGCCACUUAGAGAAUGAAUGGUAAUCCUUAUGGUAAAUGGUAUAUUCAUUGGCGAUGAUUUAGCUCGUAAGAAAGGAUCACCAGUCGUUCUCAAAGUCGCUCGUAACUUACGAACAGCUUUAUGAAACACUCAUCCGGUUAUAAAUGUCUAUCACACUCGUACGUGAUUGCUAUCUUAAUGGUUUCACAUUCCCCGUACAAACUGAUGUACAUGCUAAAUAAACACCUCGUGACCUUUGCCCCUGGACCAGUCUUAUUUCAAGUUUGGUGCUGCUCUGCCGGUGUAAAAGUUGGCCCAACACCAACACUAAAAGGUUAACACUGAACUUGAAAUCACCCUGUGGCUACGAUCAAAGCGUGUCUUUGGUGAAAAAGCUUGAUGGUUCUGCUCCCCAAGAGCUUGCAAAUAUAUGAUUCUGGUUUCACUAAUUGCAAUCCUCUCCUCGCACCCCACCCUUCCCCACUAGCCCCCCCCCCCCCCCCCUCAAGGCAAGCGACCUACAGAGGGAUGGUCAGUCUGCCUCUGAAGAAUUUUCAUACAAACAUUAAUGGAAGAAUUUAUUUUUACACAAAACAGGUCAAUAAGCAAAUUGAUGAUAUUUUUCAUUUAUGAUGAAAUUCUGAUCGCCUAUGUAAAUAUGUAUAUAUAUAUUAUGCAUACCAUAUUCAAAUACUUGGUGAAUAUUUUUAGACACAAUUUUUAGAACUCUCAAUGCAGUACUUAUGUAUUUGAUUCUUCAAGAUUUUAUUAUAGAAUAAAUAAUUUCACAAAUAUGUAUUUUUAU